CAAACCAGGCACAGCAAUGGAGAAUUUGGAUGUCCCGAUCCCAGAUCUUACUGAAGAACAGCAAGACAUUUUUCAGAGAGGUUUUGCUGCUGAUGCCAAGUACUUGGAGAAUCAUGAGAAAAUGAACCAGUCCUUCUGGGAAUCACUUGUAAAGUGCUUGGCCACUACUGACCCACCUAUCCUGAGUACUGAAGAAAAGAAAAAUCUUCUGAACAGCUGUGAUGUCCUCCCUGGAGGCUGUGUUGCCUGCCUGAAAGCCAUAGAGAAGAAAGGAGUCAGGGCAAUGGCUCUUCUUUACCUUUUGCUGAAGACUUCCAACCCAUCUGGGUACAGGCAGCUGCCCAGCUCCAAGGGAGAGGAUGAAAAAUUGAAACUCCUGAAGAGAUUGGAAAGGAAUGUUGUAUAUUCAGAAGAGGACAAAAAGUCUGAAAACUCAUCCCCUGAGUCCAUGGAUGAAGAUACACAUGACAGUGAUGAAGAAGAUUUAGGAAGACAGAAGACUGAAGGCCAGUUACUUGGAGGAAUACCAGCAGAGGUGGUUCCCUACCAAGAUUCAGAGAUUGCCAGAAGAGAAGAUUCAGAUGCAGAUGCAUAUGAGAAGGAGACCACUUCCCCCCCUCAAUGGACAGUACGGUGGAUGGGCAUACGGAAGGAUGAUGAAUUCUUUCAUUUUGUCAUUCUUUGCUUUGCAAUUGGAGCUUUACUCGUUUGCUUCUACUACCACCAAGACUGGACUAUUUCCCUUGGGAUUGGUUUAAUCACCUUUGCUUCCCUGGAAACCACUGGGAUAUACUUUGGUCUUGUGUACCGAAUUCGGAGCGUCCUUGACAGCUUUGUUCCUCUGAUUGACAGAUUCAGGCCAAGAGGCAUGAGGAAAGCUGCCUAGGAUUAUUUCAGGACAGCUCCCCAGACCUGGCUGUCCAAAUUUCCAGUACUAAAGGAAGUGUUUCAUGAGAUGAACCUAACAACCAAAUGGCCAACGUGAAAUACUGAAAUGUGAAACCUCUGAAAAAAACUCACUUUUUUCCCUCCAAAAUAAAGCUGAAACUGGGGUAUAGGCCCCACUCUGGAUUUCGAAGCGGAAGCAGAGCUCGGAAGACAAUGGAGAUGUAGCUUUGUGCUCAAUUCCAUUUGAAUAAACACAUUCACCUUCCCUCCCCCAGGCAGCCAUGUGGUGGCAUCUCUCAUUCAUAACGAAUGGCUCCAGUCUGCCAAAAUCAACAGACCAAUGUCCUGUGCCGGUUCUGGCUGAGGCUCUGUCUGCUCCUGUAGGAAUUCUGGCCUCCUCCUCCUCCCUGCGGUGCUGCCCAGAGCAGGCAGAGGCCCGCACUGCUCUCCUGGCUGACGGAUUCAUUGUGGCAGAACUCGGAGCAGUGGGCGGGCAGCGCUUUCACCGGAGGAGAGCUGGGGAGAUGUUACAGGCGCUGGCA